AUGCAUCACCAAUCUUCUUCUCAACAACAACAACUUCUCGGUCAACUUGAUGAACAACAAAAAAUUUUCCAAUUUUCUCAAAAAUUACCAUCUUUAACCGGAAAAAAUUCAAACCCUCCUUCAUUUUCAUCCCGUAAAUCUGAAAAUAAUGGUGUUUCUGCCACAGCUUGUACUAAUUGUGGUACUACUACUACUCCUUUAUGGAGGAGAGCUCCUAGUGGUGAGACAAUCUGUAAUGCUUGUGGUCUUUAUCUAAAAGCUCGUAAUACUGUUCGUCCUCCUUGGCUAAAACGUGGAAAUAGUUCUUGUGAUGGUUGUCCUGCUUUUAAUCAACAUCAGGUUAAUCGUCAAGUCUUAACUUGUGCUAAUUGUGGUACUAAUACCACUCCUCUGUGGAGAAGAGAUGAAACUGGCAACACGAUCUGUAAUGCAUGUGGCCUUUACUUCAAACUUCACAAUGUUCCUCGUCCCCCAACUAUGAAAAGAUCUGUCAUCAAACGUCGAAAACUUCUUCUUCAUAUUCAUAAAUCUUGCAUUGCGCAAAAUAACAAUGGUAGGAACAACAAUCUUAAUCUUAAUGCCAACAUCAUUAACUCACCUCCUACACCUCCCACAACUUUAUCUGAUUACAACUCUUCUGAAGAUGAUAAUUCUUCUCUUGAUGAUGAUGGUUUACUCAAAAAAAAUAAUACCUUCACUAAUAAUAAUGUUCAUAAAAGAAAAGUUGCUGAUCUUAUUAACUCUAAUAAACGGCAUUGUAACAGCAAGAGAGUUCCUCCUAUUGAAGAUUAUAUUAUUUUUCCUGGACGACAACAACAACACCAUAAUCUCCAAUCUGAUCUUGUUUGGAAUAAUAAUUACGGUAAUGAAAGUAGAAGAAGCAGCCUAACUUUUGAAGCUCAAGUUCAUAUUUAUCCAAAUAACUCUGGUAGUGGUAGUACUAGUAAUAAUCAUCUCACCGAAACCCCUUGUUUUCCUUUACCUCCAGUCUAUUCUAAUAAUCAUUUUAGAAGUAACAACAAUAACAAUGACUCUUCUACUCAAAACUUUAUUUCAAGUUCUCCAAUUCGUCAAGAAUUGCAACGCGAAGUUGCUAAUCUUAAUAUGUUACUUAACAAAUCAACUGCAAUUUUAAUCAACUUGGAUCGAGCGAUAAGCAAUAAUAAUAAUAAUGUUGUUGGAAAUGGUGGUUCUCUUCCUACUUUGAAUUAUGCUCAUACAAAAAAUAAGGAAUAUGAAAAUUAUGAAAAUAUUCAAUUUAUUGUACAUAAUUUAAUAAAGUUUUUUGAAAGUCCAGAAAGUUGCAAAUGUUCUGAAGAAGAAAAAGAUAUUAGAACUUGCUUUGAAAGAAUUGGAUUUAAAAAGUUUUUUGAAAGACAUUUUCAAAUUAUUAAUCUAAACAGCAAAGAAUUAGAUUUGUUUUUAAAAGCACAACUUUUAGCAAUGGAAAUAGAGAAUAAAAAUUAUAAAAAAUCUUCUGAAAAGAUCCAACAAAGGAUAAACUAUAGAUAUUGUUUUAAUUCAACCUAUGCUCUUU